UAAUUUCAUAUUUAAGAUAGAAAAUUGUCCAACUGUGUUGUGAAAAGUAGAGUCGGGUAGCAUCCGCCGCUAGCAUCCGGGACAGCUAGUGGGGCUAGCAACUAGCUAGCUAUCCUACUCUGCUGCAUGGGGCUUCACCAGUAGUUUGCGGGCGGGACUCUGUUGGAUUAAUACCGUAACGUUAGUUUACAGUUGUGUAUCCAUGCAGUGUAUUGGUGUUGGCUUAGUGUUAGUUAUUUAUUAGCAUUAGCCCAUUAUCCCAAAAAGCUGGGUCGCGGUUCUCUUCAGACUUCCCUUGGGCGCGCGCAUUUAUACACGAGUAUUGGUUCACAUGCCUGUCGGCGCGCUCACUUCAUGCGGUCACGGCCAUGAGUGAUGUGGAAGGAUACAACUCAUUUGGACUACCAAAGACCACCAUGGCUGGUUCAACACCUGCAAGACUGAAGAUGAUUUUAGGGGAGAACAACAUUGAAAAACUGACUCUUCCAAAUGGCAUCCCAGAGUCACUAGAUGACCUUCUCAGCACGAUAAAGACUACCUUUGGGUUAAAGGGUAACCUCAGACUGCAAUACAUGGACCGAGAUUUUGGCAACGACUUCUUCAAUCUGAGUUCUACCACUGAACUUCAGGAUUUGGGGACAAUCAAGGUGAUCCACCAGCAAACAAAUCCACCUUUGAUCAGUGACACUCACUCCCGAAUGCUGUCUGAUAUCCUGAAAAGAGUAGCAGAAGAAAUUUACCGUUACAAGGCCUACCCAGAGGAAGCACAUUUCUGCGCAGCUGCAGAGGCCCUAAUCAAAAAGCACCCGUGUUUAAAAGAACCUGGAUCAUUCAAUGGCAGCUACGGUUGGAAACAGCGACUGAAGUACAAAAUGGGAAACUACAGGACUCAGCUCAAAUUACAGGGGUGUCCAGAGCUGUGUGUAAACUCCCUGAAAUCUAAAGCUACUGCAGAUGCUUUGCCUGCUAAAAAAGUGAAGAAGCCAAAACGGUUCGAAGCCAACUUUUAUCCAUCCUUUCCUAUUGGUGAGACUUUGGACAGCCUGGAAAAAGUGAGACUAGAACUUCUGACAGAGAUCGGGAUAAGGAACAACGAAAGGGUCAUCGCAGACAAAAUGGCUAACACGUUUGCCUACAGACGACAUGAGGUGGUAAACCAAGAACCAAGCAUUCAGGAUUUCAAGGACAGAUGGCCUGCACUCUUCACACAGAAGGAGGUUAAUACAGAAUUCCAGAGGCUCAUGGCUGUUCCUCUUGAAGACAAGUUCAUGGCCCAGUUAGACAUGCACUCAAGUCAGCUGAUCAAAGUCAUCCGUGCCAAAGGAGGAGCAACACGCCAAAAGACUGCGAACAUCAUGGACACAUUGGACCAGACUGUGGACAUUAAUCUUCGGAGGGAAUGUGUGCUGAAAGCCCUCGCUGUCUUCCUGGGAGAAGAUGCACAUGACCUGAUCAAGGAAUAUCUUGACUCUGGAGCAGAUGAUGCUCAGAGAGACCUGGAGCAGCUCACCAUGGCAGUGUUUGUGAUUCGGAAGGAGGGGGAAGGGCUGCAGGAGCCACCUGAAGAUAUUGGCAUCGUCAUUGAGGGCGUGGAAGUGUUGCAUGAACUGACUUCGGUUGCCUCAGCUUGUGCCCUUCUUCUAGGAUUGAUUUACGCACUCAACCUAGCUUAUCCAAAACCCUUUCGCUUCACUUUUGAAGUGCUCCAAAAAAUCUUCAUGCAGCUUGAUCAGCACAAGAUGUCCCCAAAGUCCAUAAUCUGUAUAGCAAACUUCAAAGCUCGCAGUAACGACACACAAUGGUGUAUUCCGCCCCUGACCCUAAAAUGGCCUUGUGCCGUAAUGUGA